GUACCGUGCAUGUAAACAAACAAAUAAACAUCAUCCAAAAGAAAAUAUGAUUGCAUGACAUGUGAGACUGAGUCGAUUUGUCAUUUACCAAAAUAUCAUAUGACCCAGAAGUGAAUUAAACUGUUAGAAAAUUUCGCUUGGAAAUCAUGUCGUCAGGACAGGACACUAAAGGAGCUGAAGGGGGAGAUAACUCUGAUGAUAAGAAAGAAGAAGGGCCAAGUAAUAGUCAAGGUGCUGCAGGGGGAGAUAAUUCUGAUUCUAAAGCAGAAGAUAAUCAAACUACUGAGAAAAAAGAAGAAGAAAAGAAAUCUGCUCUUUUUGAUGCCUUUGCUAUUUCCCUGGGAUUAAAGGAUGAACCCAAGAUAGAAUCAUUGUUAGAUACAGUAGACUUUAAUGGCAUUGUCAAGUACAUAAAAGAUGGCAAAGCAAAAAACAUCAUCACAAUGGCAGGAGCUGGCAUCUCUACUUCUGCAGGAAUACCAGACUUCAGAUCCCCAGGGACAGGCUUAUAUGAUAAUUUACAGAAAUAUAAUUUGCCAGAACCAACUGCAGUAUUUUCACUUGAUUAUUUCAAAGAUAACCCAGAACCAUUUUUCAUGUUGGCAAGAGAGUUAUGGCCAGGAGUAUUUAAGCCUUCAACUUGCCACUAUUUUAUCAGAAUGCUUCAAGAAAAAGGACUUCUUUUGAGACACUUCACUCAGAAUAUAGACACAUUAGAGUCUGUUGCUGGUUUGGACCCAGAGUUGUGUGUUGAAGCCCAUGGUCAUUUCAGGACAGGGCAUUGCAUACAGUGUAGGGCAGAGUAUACCCAGGACUGGAUGAAAGAGAGGAUUAUGAAACCAAGUAUACCUAAAUGUGAAGUAGAAGGAUGCGAGGGUGUUGUUAAACCUGAUAUUGUUUUCUUUGGUGAAAGUCUUCCACAUCGCUUUCUACAAUGUAUGUCAGAGGAUUUUGGAAAAUGUGAUUUGCUAAUUAUAAUGGGAACAUCAUUAUUGGUGCAACCAUUUGCUUCAUUGGUUAACAGAACAAAGGAAAAUGUACCAAGAAUGUAUAUUAACUUAGAAAAUAGUUGUCCUCCGAAACUGGAUCCAAUUAUGACUGUGAUAUUUGGCAGCGGUUUUGAUUUUGAUGGUGAAAAUAAUUACAGAGAUAUAUUUUGGCAGGGAACCUGUGAUGAUGGUUGUAUGGCAUUAGCUGAAGCAUUAGGAUGGGGUGAAGAACUGAAAAAUUUGGUCACAACAGAGCAUGCAAAGAUAGAUGCUGCCAAUCCUGAUAGAGGUACAUUACCUGCAAAGAAAGCUGACAGCACAUCAGAGAAAACCAAUGCUUCACCAAAGAAAGCUGACAGCACACCAGAGAAAACUGACACUACACCAAAGAAAGCUGACAGCACACCCAAGAAAACUGAAAAUACACCAAAGAAAUGUGAGACUCCAAAAACAUCAGAUAAAACUCCCCCAAAACCAGAAGCAGCUACUCCUAAGGCAACCCCUGGAAGUGGGUCAAAGAAGACACCUCUCAUCAAGUGAAACGGCAACUCCACAAAAUAAAUCCUUGCAGUUUGAAGGGAAACCAACAAACAGUCAUUCCUCUGAAGUAAUAGAUCUUUCCCCAGCCCUUACUGAUAAUUUACAUUUCAAAAUAAUACAUUGAGUGUGUAAAAGUAUGUGUAAUGUAAUUCAGAUACUUUGCAGGCAUUUAUUUAUUUACAUCUAUUGUUGAACAAUGAACAAUAAAUAAUUUCAAGAAAUACUGCAUUCAAACUAUGCUAUCAAAAUUCAAAUUGGUAGUUGAUUUUUGGGGGCAAUUUUCACAAUCAAUAAUAAAAAGCAUACAUUUAAACUCACUGCCAUUAAAAAUAUUUAAGCAUCUGAAACCAAUCUGAAAUUUAUAUUCAUGGUAGGGAAUAAAUAUUUUUGUGUCUUCCACAUUCAUGGAACAAAUUAAAAAGAAAUCCUACUAAAAGAAAGGUCAUCAAUGCUCUUCCAUUCGGUACUUGGUUGGCCUAUUUUACUAUUUUGAUCUGGGUGUCACUGAUGAGUCUAAUGUAGACAAAACACAUGUCUGGUGUAUCAAAAUAUAAUCCUGGUACCUUUGAUAGCUAAUUAAAUAUAUAUUAGAGAUUAUAUCUGUUUUCCUUUGUUGUUCAUAUUUUUGUAUGAUAUGUGUUUGUUUUGUUGUGCGUAUGAAAGUAAUACAACUGUUAUAACUGCUUGACUGUGAUAAAAAAACAUUUUUGCUUUACUAAUAUUUUCUAUUCUUUUGUUCCAUUUUAAUUAUGUUAAUUAUUUGCAAUAUAUAAAUAGACAUUUUAUCUAUUUGAGACAUCUAUGAUUGAUUGUUUCUUUGUGUGUGUGUUGUUCAUUUUACAUAUUAUCUAAUGAAUUUAUU